CCCCCUCCAAAAUCCCACUUCUCUCACUGAAUUAGGAGACUAAGAAAUGGGGUGGGCUAUGCUUGCUGCCUUGUUGGCUAUCCAAGCCAUCUCUUCUUCCUUACUGCCACCAAGGGCUGCUGCAGAAGAUGUGCCAAAACCUGGAUUCAAUGAGAUAUGUGAUGGUGUGGAAUGCGGGAGGGGAACCUGCCAGGUUUCAGCCAAUGCGAUGUUUGGAUUCGAGUGCAAGUGCGACCCGGGCUGGACUCAGUUUGGAUUUCAGGACCACCUCCGCUUCCUCCCCUGUAUCAUGCCCAACUGUACAUUUGAUUACGCUUGCUACAACGACUCCAUGGCUCAGGCAGCCCAACCGUUACCAAAACCUGCUGAUUUCUCCUUUUUCGAUCCAUGCUUCUGGUCUUUGUGUGGGAACGGAACUUGUGUAAGGAAAUCCGGUUUUGGGCACCACUGCCAGUGCAAUGAGGGCUUCAGCAAUCUUCUGAAUGUCACCAGCCUCCCUUGCUUCAGAGACUGUACUCUUGGGGCAGAUUGCAUAAACCUGGGGUUUACCUUGUCAAAUUCCUCCUACCCAUCUUCACCUAAUUUUUCUAAGAUACCCAGUGAAGGUUCCUCUACUGCAUACUCUCUAUGGUUGUACAUCAUGAUGGUAUGGCUAGCUGUAACUCGAACAAUGCAAAUGGAACUUUGAAGCAUCAGCAUGAGAUUGGCCCAUGGCGAUCUAAGUAGCAUACCCCAGAGAAUUUUUUUAAUUUUUUUGCCUCCUUAUCUCUUUUGUCGAGUGUUCAUUGUUGGAAAAAAGAAAAAGGAAUAACCCAUAUUUCGUGGGUUUGGAUGGUGUUGAUUUUAUCAUUUUA